GGUAAUACUGUAUGGAAUGUUUUUGCGGGUAUCUGCUAAUGACACUGAUGUGUAUACUUGCAAUGCUUCCAAUGCAUUUGGUACUUCUACUGCCAGCUCAAGAGUCAAAGUUCGUUUGAAUGUCUCUCUAGUUGGAGUCAAUCCUCAAGGAAGUAGAUGCGAUCAACUUAAGAGGAGACCCCCUGGUGUGGACUAUUGUGCAUUUGUUGGAGAUAAUCUCACUCUUUCCUGCAGAGUGAAUGACCCACAAGCUACUACCAUUAUAUACAAAUACGAGGGAGGCUCUUCCAGAGGCAGUGAUGUUUCAUUAACUCCUGUUCCUUCAGUCGCCGAGGGAAGGUACCUGUACAAUGCAACCAAUGACUGUGGAAAUAGUUCUGAUAUGUUAAACCUCAGAGUUUAUGAUCCUGCAAGAAUUGAUCGUCAGCAGACCCUACCACCUCCAGCUGACUUUAAUGAAGAAGUUUUUGGUGCUGGUAGAUCUGAUGAGCCAAUUAAUGUCACUUUUGGUAGCAGUGUCAAACUGUUCUGUCCAUUCACUGGAAUAGGCCAAGCUAAUGCAACAUGGCUGAGAGAACAACCUGAUGGAUUCACUGCUGAAAUUAAUACCAGUCUAGCAGUCUUCUUUAUGAAUAAUACUGGGAAUAUGUCAGUAUUGACCAUCUCUCCUUUUACUGAAGAGUUUGAAGGGACUUAUCGCUGCACUACAACUAGCAUUGAUUUUGAUGAUGCAGGAGACGUUGUGCUUCAAGAGGCUUGUGAUGAUAUAAUUGGAACCUGUGAGCACCUUGUGGCCAAGGGUUACUGUUUGAUUUACUUUAUUAAGAGGUAUUUUUGCUGCUGGACUUGCAGGCAAUACUGAAGAGGAAUGCAGUCUUACACAUGCAUGCACCAGAACUUAAAGAAACCAUGGCACUGUAAACAAUUUACAAUACAUUUUGCUGUCUUUAGUGCUAUAAACUUACAAACCCAUCAUUA